AUGGUGCAGCUACUAUAUUCUCCAGCUCAUGGAAUGGGAAAGUUAGUUACAGAGACAUUAUUUGAUGGAUCAGCAGAGGGAACCGGUGUCAAUGGUAUACUUUCAUGGGGAAGAAAUAUAAUGGGCUACAACCUUCCCCCAGUCCUCAUUGACUAUUUCAUCACCACCCAAAAUAAUUUGUUUGGGGAGUAUCCCACUCAUGAAGAUUAUGCACCUAGCAUAGCGUUUGCCGUGAUUUUCGGAGUCUUGAUGAUUAUUCACAUCAUUGUCUUUAUUAUCAAUACCUCCAGGGGCCACUAUUUCUACUUAUCACUUGUGUGGAUUUUCUAUUGUAUGAUGAAGAUUAUCGGAUUCAGUUUACGUGCUCACUGGGCUACCGAUAUUACCUAUAUUAUUCAGGGCAUCGUCAGUGAGGUGUUUUUGAUUGUUCCGGCAAUUGUUAUUGUAUCAGCCAAUUUGAUACUAGCGCAGAGACUAUUCACGUGGAGACAUCCAGUUGGUGGUUCACGUUGGUUGUUUUGGAAUUUCAUGAUGACUACAUACGCGUUUGUCUUGAUUCUUAUAGCUGUGACUAUUGCCGCGUCCGCUAUCCCAUAUUUGUACCCAUUGAGCUACUCAGCUUAUAGAAAUUGGAUCCAUACAGUGCAGUUUACCGCAUUUAUGGUCAUUUUGUACUCGUUGACAUCUGCAUCGUUGAUUGGAUUGAGUUUCUGGUUACCAACGAAAAAGGAUGAGUUGAGAUAUACAU